AUGCCAUUAAAAACUUAUCAAGAAGAAUUCAUUACUUUCGCUAUUAAACAAAAUGCACUUCGUUUCGGAAGCUUCACACUUAAAUCAGGACGCGUUAGUCCGUUCUUUUUCAACGCGGGGCAGUUUCAUACCGGACGUUCCUUAUCGUUUCUCAGUCAAUGCUAUGCUGAAACUUUAGAAGAUACCGCAAUCUUUUCUUCUUCAGCAGAGUCAAACACAACAGUUGCUAGAAUUCCUUUGGUAUCUUCAACCGCGACAGCGCUCUACGAGAGAUACCGCAAAGAAAUUCCUUACUCAUUUAACAGGAAAGAGAAAAAGGAUCAUGGUGAAGGCGGUAAUAUUGUAGGAGCACCUCUAACUACAGGUAGUAGAGUAAUAAUUAUCGAUGAUGUGAUCACUGCAGGCACGGCGAUUCGAGAAAGUCUCGAGAUAAUUAAAUCUCAUGAUGCUGUGGCGGUUGGUAUUAUUGUGGCACUUGAUAGACAAGAACGCGGAACCGGGGAAAAGUCUGCCAUUCAGGAAUUAGAGCAAGAUUAUGGAAUACCGGUGAAAUCUAUUAUCAAUCUCGAGCAAAUUAUUGAAUACUUGACUGAAGAAGGCGGUUAUCAUGAGCAUUUGCAGAAGUUAAAAGAAUAUCGAAAAAUUUAUGGAAUAUAA